AUGCCCCACCCUUACAUUCUUUCAACCGUAUUCUCUCGCGACGCUCGCCCCAUAGUUGAAAAGCCUGAGGAGGGCGAGGCAUCUCCUGCUGGUGCUGCUGAGGGCUCUUCAGCAAAGAAGAAGCAGAAGCAGUUGAAGGGAGGGAAGGGGCAGUGUCAGCAGGGGAAGGGGCAGGGGAAGGACGUGAAGGGGCCUAAGGGGCCACAGGUGGAAAAAGUUGGAAAGGCAGGUGCUGCAGCAGAGCAGGGAGGGAUGAGCGGCAGUGGGAAGGGCGAGCUGAAGAGGAAGCACAAGGGUGCAGCAGGGGGCGCUGGUGUGUCUCCUGCUGCUGCAGGGAAAUCUGCUGGUGCUUCGCCUGCUGCUGCUAUGAAGGCUCCUCCUGGUGCCUCUCAUGCUUCUGCAUUGAGUCCUAGUGCAAAAAAGGCAAAGUCUGACCAAAGGAGGGGACCAGCAGCGGUGGCAAUGAAAUCUGUUGCUGCCUCUCUUGCUGCUGUAGCGAGUCCCAGCUCUAAAAAGGCAAAGACAGACGAAAGGAGAGGAGAAGCAGCGGCUGCGGUGGUGGAGGCUAGGCGGGCGCAGGCCGCACUGGCUGGGCUGGGAAGUGGAGGUGGUGGAGAGGAGAGGAAUAAGGUGAGGAGCAAGAAGGGGUCGGAGCACCAAGAGUUGGUGGAUGAUCUUGAUAGGCUCGUGGCGGCUUACAGAUCGAAGAACUAUGGGUGA